AUGCGUUGCAGAUGUGAGACAACUCUUCAGCCUGGCUUUAACUGCACGGUGCUAAUUGAGAGGACUCGAGCAAAGGCAAGACGUAGACAAAAGAAAACUAAUGCACCGAUGCAGAAUAAUGUGAUUUACUCAUGCCACUUCUGUUCCCAUAAGAAUCUGAAGAGAGGAGCUCCAAAAGGCCAUGUGAAAGAAAUAUGCCCAUAUAAGCUAAAACCAAAGCCAAAGCCAUCUGCCAAAACAGAACCUUUCAGGUUGAUGCCUCAGAAUCCAGCAAUUGCAUCGGUGAGAAGUGCAGCUACUUUAUUUGAUGCAAAGAAGAGAGAGAGCCAGAUCAGGAUGCAAUGUAAAACAUUGGAGAAAUCUGAAAGCAGUAAUGCUGCAGAACAUGGUGAAAAAACUGUUGGUGAAUCAAGUAAAAGAAAGAGAAAAUCUUGGACAAGCCGGAAGGAAAUUACUGACAGUAAUGAGCAUGAAAGCACUCGAAACAUUAAUAAUUUGACAAUCCCAUUUUUCAUAUAAAUAGGUCAAUCCUUAUGAUGUUUAAGAAGACAGAAGA